AUGAAGAUCAUAUUCCUCCUCUUCCUCCUCCUCCUCGCCUCGGGAGCCUGUGAUGACGUCAAGUACAUCUCCAAGAGGAACUCAGUUGAUGGAUGUAUAGACUGGUCAGUGGAUCUGAAGCAGUACCAUGUUCUGGCAGGGGAGCCUGUUCGGGUCAAAUGUGCCUUGUUCUACAGCUACAUCAGAACCAACUACACCAUGGCCACCAACGCCAAGCUGCGCCUCAUCUGGUACAAGAACAAAGGAGAUGCAGAGGAGCCGAUCAUUUUCUCAGGCCACAGGCUGAGUAAAGAAGAUGACUCCAUCUGGUUCAGAUCUGCAGAAAUGGAAGACAAUGGAUUCUACACCUGUGUACUAAGGAACUCAACAUACUGCAUGAAAGUGUCCAUGUCGAUGACGGUGGAGGAGAGUGAUGAGGGGAAAUGCUUCAGCAGCAAAAUCCGCCACCUGGAGAAAGCUGAGAUAACUCACAGCAAAAUGGUCACCUGCCCUGAUAUAGAGGACUACAUGGCUCCGUACAAGCAGCCACAUAUGACCUGGUACAAGGAGUGUGAGCGGGUUGAAUGGAGGAGUUCCAUCAUGGUGAACACCACCCACCUGUGGAUACCCGAGGUGGAGGAGGGCGACGGGGGAAAUUACACCUGUGAGUUACAGUAUGGAUCGCGAGUGGUGCGGCGGACAACACAACUCAAAGUGACAGCUCUCCAAACCAUGCAGCCUCCCAAGGUCCUUUUCCCCCCACAGAGACAGGACACAGCGAUAGAAAUCACGCCAGGUAUGCCUCUCAGCUUGGAUUGCAAGGCCUUUUUCGGCUACAGUGGAGAGAACAGGAGGCCCAUCAUCUACUGGAUGAAAGGGGAGAAGUUUGUGGAAGAGCUAGCGGGACACAUUAAAGAAAGCGAAGUCAGGAUCUUGAGGGAGCAUUUAGGCGAGAAGGAGGUGCAGCUAUCCCUAACAUUUGAUGCUGUGGAUGAGGCAGACCUGGCCAACUACACCUGUUAUGUGGAGAACCACAUAGGGAAGCGCAGUGGGAGUGCUAUACUGCAGAAGAAAGAUAUGUAUCGCCUGGAGUUGGCUGGUGGUCUCGGGGUCAUAUUGCUGCUGCUCGGGGUCCUGACUGCGCUUUAUAAGUGUUACAACCUGGAGAUCAUGCUCUGCUACAGGAGACACUUUGGCAGUGAUGAAACUGAGGAUGAUAAUAAAGAGUAUGAUGGCUACCUGUCCUACACUAAAGUGGACCUGGACUGUCUGGGCAGGAUGAGCAGCGAUGAGGAAUCGUUCGCUUUGGAGAUCCUGCCAGAUGUUUUGGAGAAACAUUACGGCUUCAAGCUGUUUAUACCAGACAGAGAUCUAAUACCCAGCAGUACCUACAUUGAGGACCUGGCUCGCAGCGUGGAGCAGAGCAGACGCCUCAUCAUCGUGUUGACUCCAGAGUUUGUCGCCAAAAGAGGGUGGAGUAUCUUCCAGAUAGAGACACGCCUCCACUCUAUGCUGGUUACCGGGGAGAUCAAGGUGAUCAUGAUAGAGUGUGCCGACCUGAAGAAUGUCAUCAACUACCAAGAGGUUGAAGCACUUAAACAUACCAUCAAGGUUUUAUCCAUCAUCAAGUGGAGGGGUCCUAAAAGCAAUGAGCUCACCUCUAAGUUUUGGAAACAGGUGGUCUACGAAAUGCCUGCUAAACGCAGAGAGACUUUGUCUAGACGCCAGGUGAUGGACGCUGGUGAACAGGGCCUCUUCGGUGACCUACAGACCACUGUCUCCACGAUCGCCAUGACAACCACCUCUGCCUCCCUGGUGCCCCCUAACGAAAAUCGCCACGGGCAUCAUCAGGUUGCCUUGGCGACAGAGAUCCCGGACUACAACCAGAUGACCUUGCCAAUUGGAGGGGGUCACACAGCUACAUCAGCCCAAAUGAGGCAUUUCUGUCGCAGUUAUGAGUUCCAGCUCCCCCCACCGCCAUCCUCCAUGUCACCUCCUCUCCCACCUCCCUCCACCGUGCAGUUCUCCACUCUGGGACCCGGGGGGCGCCACGUCUAUUGCAACAUCCCUAUGACACUACUGAAUGGACAGGGGUUCAGAGAAGCUCACUGGGGAACAAGAGGUACCUCAGAGCAGUACGCUUGGGAAGAAGCCAGAGCUCCACCUGAACAGCACCUUUGUACCUCUCACCAGCAGAGAACUAAGCUCUGA